AUAUGCACAUUUACAACAUAUAUUCCUCUUAUAUUAUAUUCUUUGAAUCAUACUAUAUUUGAGCAACUUAAUAUACAAUGGCUGUAGGAGCAACUACUACAAAGAUUCUGGUAAUCGGAGGAACUGGUUACAUGGGAAAGUUCAUAGUUGAAGCUAGCAUUAAAGCUGGUUAUCCCACUUUUGCUCUUGUAAGAGAAUCGACUCUUUCUAAUCCAAACAAAUCAUCCAUCAUCCACAACUUCAACACAUUGGGCGUCAACAUUGUUUUGGGUGAUAUAAACGACCAACAUAGUUUGGUUAAGGUCAUAAAGCAAGUGGACGUUGUAAUCUCAACAGUGAGCCACGAUCAAUUAUCUGAUCAAUAUAAGAUCCUUGCCGCUAUUAAAAAAGCUGGAAAUAUAAAGAGGUUUUUUCCUUCUGAGUUUGGAAAUGAUGUGGACCAAAAUCAUGGAUUGGAUGAGGGAAAGGUUGUGUUUGACACUAAGACCAAAUAUCGUAGAGCCAUUGAGGCAGAAGGAAUUCCCCAUACGUAUGUGGUGGCAAAUUUUCUCACUCAACACUUCCUUCCAACUUGGUCACAACUUAUGGACUCAGCUUCUCCAUUAGAUGAAGUUAUUAUCCUUGGGGAUGGAAAUAUCAAAUCCAUUUUCAAUACUGAAGAGAGUGUUGCGACUUUCACUAUUAGAACAGUUGAUGAUCCAAGAACUUUGAACAAAACUCUCUAUAUUAGACCUUCCACGAACACCUUGUCAUACAAUGACCUAGUAUCUCUUUGGGAGAAGAAGACAAGUAAUACCCUUAAAAGAAUCUAUGUUUCGGAGGAGCAAGCAGUGAAGAUGAUGCAAGAGUCACCAUAUCCUUUAAUAAAGAUGGGCUUUGCAAUUUGUCUGGCUGCAUUUGUGAAAGGAGAUCACACUAACUAUGAAAUUGAACCCUCAAUUGGAGUAGAAGCUUCAAAACUUUAUCCUGAUGUCAAAUACACCACUUUGGAUGAGUACUUUGAGGAAAAUCAUGAUCGCACUCCAUUUUACUUAAAUUGGUUAAUAUCAAUUAACAAUGAGCAACAUUUUAAUUAGCAAUGUACUACUAUAUUGUUUAAUUAAGAAGUUGCUAAUCAAUUUCUUUAUUAUGGGAAUUGAUAAUUGCUACACUCGUUGAUCACUAUUAUAAGUAAAAAAUCACUUUUUAAAUCUCAUUGAAUAAUUAAUAUAUCUGAUUUUGUAUUAUAAAUUAAAUACAUCAAUUAUUCAAUAAAUCUAUUUUAUUUUUUUUGUUAUAAUAGUGAUCGGAGUUGAAUGUCUUGAAUAUUUUUUGGUUAAAUAUUUUUUGUCUCGUGAAUAAAUAGUAUGUCUUGAGUUGUAAAACUUAAAGGUGUACUCAUAUUUUGUUACAUGUUUAUUGAAGCCUAAUGUUUUGAUUUUGCUCUUUUGUUUGCUUGAAAGUGUAGUACAUAUUUAUUUUCUCCCCUUAAUCAUCAUCUCAAAAA